GGGAUGUUGGCCCAGAAACCAGGAAAGGGAAUAACAAUCGAAAUGUAAAUAAGAAAUACCCAAGUUAAUAAAGAUGAAAAAAUUUUUUUCUUAACUGUAAGUAAGGAGUCUUGAUGUAGGAUAAUUCUAGAGUUGGUUUACCCAGUAACUUAUUAAUGUUCACACUACUUAUAUUUUUUCACCAUUACCAUUCUACUAAUGAGUGAAUUGGCUUCUGACCUCCUGAUUAGAGUUGCGACUGGUCCAACAGUUUUCAAGCAACCUUGGAUGAUCAACUAAACGGAAUUGGGUUCCAGCACAUUUCUAAAUCAGUCAUUGACAAAGAAAAAACAUUUAACAUGGCAUUCAUGAUAUUAGGAAAUAGUAGUGACAAAGAGUCCACCUUCCUGUAAGUAGCAUGAUUCAUACUGCUAUCCACAGUAUCUACAGCAAUUUACCAUGGCAUUCAUGAUAUUAGGAAAUAGUAGUGACAAAGAGUCCACCUUCCUGUAAGUAGCAUGAUCCAUACUGCUAUCCAAGUAUCUACAACAAAUUGAGGCUCUGCUAGAGUUGAAGAAAGGAGCUAAUGAGUGUUAUAAAGCAAGGUCAUCUUUCAUGAUAAUCAAAUAGGAAGUUUUUUUUGAAAUUUAUGUAUCAACCAUAAACAGAUAAUUACUUGGGUAUAACAUCUUUAUCCAAUUUGGUUAAAAUUGAUAGAUCAACAGGUACUAAAAGGACAAUAAAAACCAUCCUUGAAAUAAUUCGACAUAAGAUUUAGAUAUUUCUAAAAGCCUUAUUCCUUUACUCUCUUCUCUCUUUUGUGUUCUAUUCCUUCAGAGGAAAUUGCUAGAAGAUCAUUGCAUGUGAUAUUUGUGGUGCAAACUUAUCAAGAGGAAUAGGCAUAGGCUUAAUAGAGCAUUUCAUAAAAGUUAGAAAGAGUUACCACAAUAUGAGUGCUGCACUCACAAAAAAAAAAAAACAUGUGAUCCAAAAAUAUGGGGAUGGAAAUUGGCAUUGUUCUUUGUUGAGUGUCUAGUAACAAUAGGGCAAAAAUUUAUCAUCUCACCCAGAGAUUGUUUAAAUUAUGACUCAAGAAGUAACAAAAACUUGAUGGAGUGCUUUAGCAAUUCUAUUAAUAUAGUAUUUGGAAUUAUUAUUUUCUAAUAUUUUUGAGAAUUCAUAUAGCAUAAAAAUGUGUAUUGAUCUUAUCUACUUUGCUAUUUUCCCCAAUGCCCUUGACAACCAUUGACUUGUCUCCCCACUAAAUUCGUGUUCCCCUUUUAAUUUUUCUUAGUAUUAGUAUUUUAAACCAUUGAGUCCAAUCAGUGCUGUCCACAUGGGCAUGGGUGUAGAAUCAUUCACUGUGGUAUGGGAAACCUAUUAAUGUACUCCUUCCUAAAGAAAGAUAAAUUUCCUUUUUCCAUCAGCAAGUCAUCAACUGCCAAUAGUUCCUCCACUAGAGAUAAGACAUUGGUAACUCCUCUCUCAUCCCUCCUGGCUUAAUGUUGUAUAGGUAACUUCUGCUCAUGUGAGUUCAUAUGUGCAACAUUCAAGUUACAUCCAGAAGACUGGGUUACUUUAAAGUAUAUCCUAAAAUCUAUUAUAAACUAUAAUAAAUACCAUGUAUAUGUAUAUGUAUAUGUAUAUGUAUAUGUAUAUGUAUAUGUAUAUGUAUAUGUAUAUGUAUAUGUAUAUGUAUAUGUAUAUGUAUAUGUAUAUAUGCAUGCCAGUUGUUAUGUAGGGAAACAAUGAAUUAUUCCAGACAUAGCUAUACAAGCUUAAUUUUCUUGUAAACUCUUGUAGAAGUUAUGAUUCUAUGCCGGGCUCACUCUUCUUAAUUUAGGCUUGCCUAUGCUCAUGCCUAUGGAAUUCUGUAAAGUGUGGAAACCUCACUGAGUUGAAUGCCAAGCAAGGUUGAGGAACUCUGUGGUGUGGCAUAACCAAUGCACACAUCAGGACAGUGUUGCAGUUUAAGUGGCUAUGGGGUUAUUUAAGAGUUUAGGUAGCAAUUGUUUAGAGUAUGGUGAAUACAUGUCUGUGGAGUGCUUAGCCAGAAAUGGAACAUGUAUAUCAUAACCCUUACCUACAAGGCUCAGAAAAUACUGCCAAAAAUGGGACCAGGAAUAUUGUGAGAGCUAGAGGUCAGGGAGGACUAGAGUGAAACAGUAUCUUCUGGGCAUGGCAGGAGCACUAUACUUAUGAACUCACAACAGCUGUGGCUGCCUGUACAAGACACUGCAAUGUAGAGGAGGAGGGGCUCAAAGGCACACCCUUAACUAAGGAGCUAUUGAUAGUUGACAGUUUCUCAGGGAAAGAGAUUCAAUUUUCUCUUAUGGUGUGAUUCUUGGUAGGUCAAUCAUGCUCCAGGAACAGUCCCACACCCGGAAGAAUGAGGAUAACACAAAUUAUAGUCAAUGGUUAUUUUAAAAAGAAGACGUGUAGUGGGGAUGUGGGGAUGUAAAAAUGUCUCCAAGAAGAGAGAAAGGUACUGAGAGUAAACAUGAUCAGAAUAUAAUGUUUGUAAUUUGCAAAGAAUUAAUAAAUAUUUAGUUAUUAUAGUCUAGGUAAAUUAAAUAGUAAAAAUAUACUUAACACAAUGCUGUAGUUGAAGUUCAAGGUCAAGGUGCAAAUUUUGAACAGGGCUUCUUUUUUGCUGUGUCCCUUCAUGGUGAGGGAAAGAAAAUACAUUUUCUGUCACUUUAUACAGAUGAAUCCCAUCUCCAGAUACUAUCCUGUUAAUUCUCUAUAGUUCUAGCUGCCUCACAAUGGCUUGCCUCCAAAUACAGCCUCCACAUUUUAAGGUUAGGUCUUCAAUAUGUGAGUUCUGGAAACUCAAAUCCCCAGUCUACAGAAGAUGGUAAAGGGUUUGAUCAGAAAACAGAGUACUUUGGUGGUUGUAUUCUGAUUCAAAAAUUAAACAACUGCCAGUCUUCUCUGAUGCUCCUAAAUCAAGGAAAUUGAAGUUUUUUUUCUUGUGUGGAGAAAUACUAAAAAGCAGUUACCUUCACAACUAUUUACUUCAAUGAUUUUCAGACUUACUGUUGAGGUAUAACAUGAAAAUUUACUGGAAUAACUGAGAGAUGAUUCAUUACUUUUAUUCUUUGGAUAAAUAUGGACUCAUUCUCAUUGACUUAUUUUCUAGUUUCCAUAUACUAAAUUUAUGUUAAUAAAACAUUACUUUAAUAAUUAGCAUACUCAUCUAAUUUGUUAUUUUUGAAUAAAUGGUUCAGUGUGAAAUUAUGGGUCUCAUUAAAUGUUUCAGGAGUACAAUUACAGGAAAAGACAUCUAUAAUACAACCAUUCAUACAAUAGGUGACAGCACACCUCGCUUGGGUUAUUUAAUUCCUUAAUCACAUUUUGAGGUGUAGUAUUUUGGCUUUAGGAGUUAAGAACAUUUUUCAUGAGGAUUUUAUUUAUGUCUCGCUUUAGGAUACUGCAUCACAGUAAGUACUGAUGAUAACAGGUAAACCUUUAGUAAUCUGUAAACUCAUAUCCUCUACAUAUGACAGUUGAAAUAAUAUGAAGGGCUACAAGCAUCUGCCAGGCUAGACAGUCAAUGAUCUGAAAGGAACCGUGUUGCUGUUAUAGGUUGCACUUUAAAGUGACAUCCUUGCUGUCUACUACACUCUGUCCUUUUCUUCUCAUGCACUGUUGUUUGGCGGUGAAAUUGGUCACUAAGCUCCUUCCUCCUUGUUUUUCUUUUCCUUCAUUCUUCCCUUCUUUCCUUCUUUCCUUCUUUCUUUCCUUCCUUCCUUCCCCCCUUCCUUCCUUCCUUCCUUCUAAAAAGAUUAAUUUAUUUUAUGUGAGUACAGUCACCGUCUUCAGACACAUCAGAGGAGCGCACUGGAUCCCAUAACAGAUGGUUGUGAGCCACCAUGUGGUUGCUGGGAACUCAGGACCUCUGGAAGAACAGUCAAUGCUCUUAACUAUUGAGCCAUCUCUCUAGCUUUCCUCUCUGUUUUUCCAAAAGAUCUACUUCCCUGUAAGAGCUACACUGUCCUAGACAAGUCAAUUUUAUUGCCCUUGAUUUUCAAAAUAGAUCUAAAACACAUCUUUGGUGUUAAAAAAUAAUUUUGAAAUCAAUUUAACACUACCAAUUCUGUGGAAACAGUGAUUAAAGUUUGAAAAAUGAAAACUGAUUCUCAAAUCUAGGAACUGGUGAGAAAAUGUAAAUGUUGUUUUUUUCUCUAGUAAAUGUGUUGAUUUUUGUAUAAUAAUAUGUAAGAUGAAAAACAGCUAUGUUCUUUUCUCAGAAGAGAGUGAAUUGUGCUAUAGUUGAUAUCUGUGAUUAGUUGCAGAUAUCAUACCUAUUAUAGUUUCACUUGUACAGGUUUUUGGUAUCAUAAUUUAAUAGUUACUAAAAUAAUAUAUUAAUAUAUAUGUAUAUAUAUCAUAUACACAUGUAAGUCAAAAGUAUAGAAAAUAUACUAUUGCUAUAAGGAAGCAGUUCAUCAGCUCCUGUGAACGCCUUCAAUAUUUGUGAUGGUUUGCAUAUGUUUGGCCCUUUCAAUAGUGGGAGUAGCACUAUUAGAAGGUGUGACCAUGUUGAAGGAAGUGUGUCACUGUCAGGUGGGCUUGCAGACCCUCCUCCUAGCUGCCUGAGGAUACUCAGUCUCUUCCUGGCUUCGUUCAGGUGAAGAUGUAGAACUUAGCUCCUCCUGCACCAUGCCUGCCUGGAUGCUGCCAUGCUCCUGCCUUGAUGAUAAUGGACUGAACCUCUGAACCUGUAAGCCAGCUCCAAUUAAAUGUUGUCCUUUAUAAAACUUACAUUGGUCAUGGUGUCUGUUCACAGCAAUAAGACCCUAACUAAGACAAUACUGAAGGAUUAUUCUACAGAACACUGUUUGACAGAAUUUGAGUGGAAGAAGAGGUAAACUCUGGCUCGGGUCUCCAGAGCUAUGAAUUUCUUCAAAACAAUGCUUGCUACCUGUGAAUGCUCACAGAUGAAUACAUGGCCAUCAGCAGCCUAAGUGUAUUUUAUGUAUAGCAAUGAACUCUGGUGGCAUCUCAAGAGUUAAAAACUGGAUCAAAAAAUAGAUAUCUUCUAAGUAGUAUGACUUUUACAGAAAGGGGCAGAUUUGUUUCCGUGGAAGGUAUACAGAUUUAAUAAAUUAUCCAAAAAGAAAUUAAAAAACAUACAUUCUCAGGGAUGGAGAAAUGGCUUGGGAGUUUAAGUGCACACAUUGUUCUUGUGGAGUACCUGAUUCAGUUUUCAGGACUCACUUUGGGUGGCUCACCAGGGUUAGUUACUCCAGCCUCAGGAGGUGUAGUGUCUCCAUGGCCACUGCACUCAUGUGCACACACCACAACACAAGCAGACACAGACACAUAUAAUAAAAAUGAAUUUUAAAUCUUUUAAAGUGAUUUUUAAAAAAGACAUUGAGAAAGACUAUGCUGAGUGACUGAAAAUCUACAGACCCUGGUUUAUAAUCUUUAAGAUUAGAGUUUUAGAGAAGCCUCAGAAAACUGAGGGCAAUCAACAUUUUACAUCUUGACACUACUUUUCUGUUCCCAGUCAUUUUUUUCACUUUCAUAGACACCAAAAUCAAAUUACAUCAUCCUUUCUUUGCCUUUAAAGGCAUCUUAGUAAACAGUGCGCUGCUUUGGUUUUAUUUUUAUGAUUCUUGACUCUGGAAAGGACUUUAUAAAGUACAUGUAAAUAAACCAAGGUAGUGAUCAAAUGUGAUUGCACGUUUGAGAGUUUGCCAGACACUCAGGCUGACAAAAUUGAGAAUCAUUUGCUUAUUAGGAAGAAUCCAGGCCUCCCAUCCCCCCUCCUUUUCUUCUUUAUAAAAGGCAAAAGAGCUGUUGAAGAGGAAGGUACUCUCCAAUUGUAACUCUGGUGCGCCACUCUGUGAAAAGAGCAACCAAACUAUGUCUUGCAUUUUUUCUUUUCUCUUCAUUCAUUUAUUUAUUUAUUCAGCUUCCCACCCUCCCAGUUCUUCUCACAAAUUCCUCCCUCGUCCCCAUUACCUCUCCCCUUCUUUUUUGAGAAGGAGGAAUGUCCGUCCCCUCCUAGCUUAUCCAGUCCCUGCAGGACUAGGCACAUCCUCUCCCACUGAGGCAGACAAAGCAGCCUAGUUCGAGGAACAGGAUCCACAAGCAUUCAGCAAAGUCAGGACAGACUCCAUUCCAGUUGUUGGGGAACCCGCAUUAAGACCAAGCUGCAGAUCUGCUAAAUAUGUCUUGAGAGCCUAAGGGUAGCCCAUAUAUGCUCUUUGGUGAUUCGGUUUCUGGGACCCAAAGAAGCUAAAUAGCACAGGGAUGGGGUUGGGGGGUGCAAUCUCUAGGAUGGGCCAAAUAUCUGAGAUGCCGGAGACUCCAGGGAGUCUAUGAGGGUGACUCUAGCUGAGAAUCCUAGCAGAGGGAGGAUAAAGAGCCUAAAGUGGUCACCUCCUAUAGCCAGAUAGGACUCCCAGAAGAGGGAUAAGGACAGCGACCUACUCACAAAAUCUUCCACCCAAAUUGGUCCUGCCUCCAAGGAGCUCAGGGACAAAAUGGAGCAGAGACCAAAGGAAUGGCCAACAAAUAACUGACGCAACCUGAGACCCAUUCCAAGGGCAAGAACCAACCCUGACACUGUUAAUGACAUUCAGUUAUGCUUACAGGCAGGAUCUAGCAUAACUGUCCUCUGAGAGGCUCCACUCAGCGGCUGACAGAUGCAGAGACCCACAGCCAAACAUUAGAAGCAGCCUGGGAAGUCUUGUGGAGGAGUUGGGAAGACCCAGAAGGGAUAGGGAGUCCACAAGAUGACAGGACCAAGUUUUUAUCCACAGUGCUGUAUCUGUUAAAAAGUAGGCAUGAGGUUGGGGAUUUAGCUCAGUGGUAGAGCGCUUGCCUAGCAAGCGCAAGGCCCUGGGUUCGGUCCCCAGCUCUGAAAAAAAGAAAAAAAACGUAGGCAUGAUAUAUGCUUGGUAUCUACAAGAUAAUCAGUUUUGUGAGCUAAAAACAAGUAUCUCAUGGUUUUAAAGGCUAUUGACUCCGAAGUUCACACUGUAGACCAGACAAAUAGGAACAUGCUUUUAAGAACUGUAGGUGGGACAGUAUUUUAUAUGUUUUUCUGUUUCCGAUGGUCGUUUAACUUCAAUCAUUUUAUAUAUUCUGCAUUCUUAUGAGUAAUUUGUGCUUCUUGCUCCUUUCAAAUGUACACGCUUUGUGUGUGUGUGAAUUUGAGAGAGAAAAGAAUGAAAGUACACGCCUAAGUGUGAAUGUUUGAUUUUUCUUCUGACUUAAAGAAAACACACAUAUCUAAGUAGCCAAACUCAGUCUUCCUAAUAGGAAUGUUGCCAUUUUCAAAGCCUGUUUUUCUCCAAGCCAGCUUUAUUUGUGCCCUCUAGUGGUAGAAGCAGGAAUAUGUUUGGCAAGCUAGAAAUCCCUGGCCAACAACACAAGUCCUCUUUUUGGUACAUAAUGAUUCAGCCCCUUAAUGAUGAUAAUGCAAAACAUAAAUAUGCACAGAGAAAAAGUGUAUGUAAGUUUGCUCAGCAUAAUUUUCAAAUGCAUUGGAAUUUCUAUUGAAACAUGAAUUUUGACUCUAGGGCAGCUAAGGUUCUUACGUAGCAGAAGUAUGUAUUUUUAUGAAUUUAGUGGUCCAUUUGCCCAGCAAUUUUCUGAUAAUUCUUAAAGAAAAUAUUCACGUUUUCCACAAAUGCGUUUUUCUCCCAUAAAUCAGUUUUAUGAGACCCCUUAAAUUGCUACUGUCAAUCAACAUACCAUUUACUUCAAUCCUAUUACAAAGCUGGAUGGAAUAAUUUCAUUGACUUUUUUUUAAACCAGUUGUGUUUGCUUCUAUACUAGUUCUCUGGCCUAUCCAGCCUCUGGUUUAUGCCAUCCAGGCAGUGUCUGACAUGGGCUUCAUCUCCUGUCUUGGGUCUCAAAUUGGACCAGUUAUUGUUAGGCCACCCUCGAAAGUUCUGCACCACCAUUAUCCAGCACUUGUUGCAGGCAGGACAAAUGGUAGGUCAAAGAUUUUGUGGCUGAGUCGAUGUCCCUGUCCGUUCACUGGAAGCCUUGCAUGGUUACAUACACAUAGACAGGUGCCUAGUCCAAUAAUCAUCAGAGAGGUUUCAUCCAGCAACUGAUAGGAACAGAUGCAGAGACACAUAGCCGAACAUUAGGCAGAACCUUGAGAACCCCAUGGAUGACAGGGAGAAAGUCAGAGGGAUCAAGAACAUUGGGAGAACAAGGCUGACAGAAUCAACUAACCAGGGCUAAUAGGGGCUCAUAGAGACGGAAGUGGCAACCAUGAAGCCUGUUAGGGGUAUGAGCAAGGUUCUCUGCAUAUAUGUUAUGGUCGUGUAGCUUAGUGUUCUUGUGGAAGUCCUAACAGUGGGAGCGGAGGUGUCUCUGACCCUUUUGCCUGUUUAGGGGAACCCUCUGCCCGAAUUGAGUCAUAUAGCCUUGAUAUGAGGUUUGUGCCAAUCUUAUAGAAUCUUGUUAGACCAUGUUCAGUGGAAAUCCAUGUGAGGCCUGCUUUUUUAUGAAAGAAAAUGGACAAGUGUAGGGUGUGGGGAGGUGGAGGGUAGCUAGAAGGAGUAGAGGGUGGGGAAACCAGUUGAGAUAUGAUGUAUGAGAGAAGAAUAAAUUAAAAGAAAUAAUACAAAUUUGAUACAACAAAAUAAAACAAAACCAACAACAACAACAAAAGCUGCAAGUAAUUGAAGAUUAUCUUUCUCAACACACCAAGAAUUAAUUCUGAUAGAAAAUGUCCCAGGAAUAGUGGAUCUUGGCCUCAAGGCCACACUGGAUAUCUCCUGCCUUAAUAUCCACUUUUUUCUCCCUUUUAAAGUAACUGCUAGGUAUAUUGGACGCAUCUAUUUUCUUGUAUGACCAAAGUUAACUGGGCUAAGAAUGGACUCCUUAUCUAACAAAGCCAAUUAGAAUCUUACUUUCGGACCUUUGAACCUAAGAUGAGAUGAGAAAGAAAAUAAUCUACUGUAAAUAUAGCAACCCCAGUAUCUACGCUACUUUCUGCUCUCCUCUAUCUCUCUUUCUUUCUCUCUCUAUCUCCAUCUGCACCUACUGUUGACUAUGUUUACUGCCGGCAUUUACAAGAUAUGUGACAUCACACAAUAGAAGAUAAUUUCGAUCACCUUUGUCAAUCUAUGCUGAUAUUUUUUAAGCCAUCAAUGGUGGAACCAAUACAUUCUGAGAUUGUCCAGGGUUAACUUGAGCUUUUCAUUGUUUUUUAAAAAAUAAAAUUCACACAAAAUAUUUCAUGCUAUGCCAUCCAUUAUUGCCAAAUAUUUUCACAGCUCAAUUUAUAGCGGAAAACUCUCGAAGAAUUGUUCUACUUGUUAAUAUGUUAGGUUGUUCAUCUCACAAAAUUGUGACCUCUUUUUUUUAUCCUUAUUAAAUUGGGUAUUUCUUAUUUACAUUUCAAAUGUUAUAUCCUUUCCCGGUUUCCAGGCCAACAUCCCCCUAACCCCUCUCGCUCCCCUUCUACAUGGGUGUUCCCCUCUCCGUCCUUCCCCCAUAGCAACCCUCCUCCCAACAAUCCCAACAAUAAUCACUGGGGGUUCAGUCUUGGCAGGACCCAGGGCUUCCCCUUCCACUGGUGCCCUUACAAGGCUAUUCAUUGCUACCUAUGAGGUUGGAGCCCAGGGUCAGUCCAUGUAUAGUCUUUGGGUAGUGGCUUAGACCCUGGAAGCUAUGGUUGCUUGGCAUUGUUGUUCAUAUGGGGUCUCAAGCCCCUUCACCUCUUUCAGUCCUUUCUCUGAUUCCUUCAACGGGGGUCCUAUUCUCAGUUCAGUGGUUUGCUGUUGGCAUUCGCCUCUGUAUUUGCCAUAUUCUGACUGUGUCUCUCAGGAGAGAAAUAUAUCCUGUUCCUGUCAGCAUGUACUUCUUUGCUUCAUCCAUCUUACCUAGUUUGGUGGCUGUAUAUAUAUGGGCCACAUGUAGGGCAGGCUCUGAAUGGGCAUUUAUUCAGACUCUGUUCUGAACUUUGCUUCCGUAUCCCCUCCUAAAGUUAUCCUUUUUCCCCUUUUAAAGAAGGAGUGAAGCAUCAGUAUUUUGGUCAUCCUUCUUCAGUUUCAUGUGUUCUGUGCAUCUAGGGUAGUUUGAGCAUUUGGGCUAAUAUCUACUUAUCAGUGAGUGCAUACCAUGUGGGCUUUUCUGUGAUUGGGUUACCUCACUCAGGAUGAUAUUUUCCAGUUCCAUCCAUUUGCCUGUGAAUUUCAUAAAGUCAUUGCUUUUGAUAGCUAAGUAGUAUUCCAUUGUGUAGAUGUACCACAUUUUCUGUAUCCAUUCCUCUGUUGAAGGACAUCUGGGUUCUUUCCAGCUUCUGGCUAUUAUAAAUAAGGCUGCUAUGAAUAUAGUAGAGUAUGUGUCUUUGUUGUAUGUUGGAGCAUCUUUUGGGUAUAUGCCCAAGAGAGGUAUACCUGGGUCCUCAGGUAGUGGAAUGUCCAAUAUUCUGAGGAACCUCCAGACUGAUUUCCAGAAUGGUUGUACCAGUCUGCAAUCCUACCAACAAUGGAAGAGUGUUCCUCUUUCUCUGCAUCCUCGCCAGCAUCUGCUGUCACCUGAGUUUUUGAUCUUAGCCAUUCUGACUGGUGUGAGGUGGAAUCUUAGGGUUGUUUUCAUUUGCAUUUCGCUUAUGACUAAAGAUGUUGAACAUUUCUUUAGGUGUUUCUCAGCCAUUUGACAUUCCUUAGAUGUGAAUGCUUUGUUUAGCUCUGAAUCCCAUUUUUUAAUAAGGGUUAUUUGUCUCCCUGCAGUCUAACUUCUUGAGUUCUUUGUAUAUUUUGGAUAUAAGUCCUCUAUCAGUUGUAGGAUUGGUAAAAAUCUUUUCCCAAUCUGUUGGUUGCUGUUUUGUUCUAACGACAGUGUCCUUUGCCUUACAGAAGUUUUGCAGUUUUAUGAGAUCCCAUUUGUCGAUUCUUGAUCUUAGAGCAGAAGCCAUUGGUGUUUUGUUCAGGAAAUUUUCUCCAGUGCCCAUGUGUUCAAGAUUCUUCCCCACUUUUUCUUCUAUAAGUUUGAGUGUAUCUGGUUUGAUGUGGAGGUCCUUGAUCCACUUGGACUUAAGCUUUGUACAGGGUGAUAAGCAUGGAUCGAUCUGCAUUCUUCUACAUGUUGACUUCCAGUUGAACCAGCACCAUUUGCUGAAAAUGCUCUUUUUUCCAUUGGAUGGUUUUGGCUCCUUUGUCAAAAAUCAAGUGACCACAGGUAUGUAGGUUCAUUUCUGGGUCUUCGAUUCUAUUCCACUGGUCUAUCUGCCUGGCUCUGUACCAAUACCAUGCAGGUUUUUUUUUUUAACACUAUUGCUCUGUAAUACUUCUUGAUGUCAGGGAUGGUGAUUCCCCCUGAAGUCUUUUUAUUGUUGAGGAUAGUUUUAGCUAUCCUGGGUUAUAUGUUAUUCCAGAUGAAUUUGCAAAUUGUUUUGUCUAACUCUAUGAAGAAUUGGAUUGGAAUUUUGAUGGGGAUUGCAUUGAAUCUGUAGAUUGCUUUAGGUAAAAUGACCAUUUUUACUAUAUUAAUCCCGCCAAUCCGUGAGCAUGGGAGGUCUUUCCAUCCUCUGAGAUCUUCUUCAAUUUCAUUCUUCAGAGACUUGAAGUUCUUAUCAUACAAAUCUUUCACUUGCUUGGUUAAAGUCACACCAAGGUAUUUUAUAUUACUUGGGACUAUUAUGAAGGGUGUCAUUUCCCUAAUUUCUUUCGAGGCUUGUUUCUCUUUUGUGCAGAGGAAGGCUACUGAUUUAUUUGAGUUAAUUUUAUACCUAGUCACUUUGCUGAAGGUGUUUAUCAGGUUUAGUAGUUCUCGGGUGGAACUUUUGGGAUCACUUAAAUAUACUAUCAUAUCAUCUGCAAAUAGUGAUAUUUUGACUUCUUCCUUUCCAAUCUGUAUCCCUUUGAUCUCCUUUUGUUGUCUGAUUGCCCUGGCUAGGACUUCAAGAACUAUAUUGAGUAAGUAGGGAAAGAGUGGGCAGCCUCGUCUAGUCCCUGAUUUUAGUGGGAUUUCUUCAAGUUUCUCUCCAUUUAGUUUAAUAUUAGCUACUAGUUUGCUGUAUAUGGCUUUUACUAUGUUUAGGUAUGGGUCUUGAAUUCCUGUUCUUUCCAGUACUUUUAUCAUGAAGGGGUGUUAAAUUUUGUCAAAUGCUUUCUCAGCAACUAGUGAAAUGAUCAUGUGGUUUUUAUCUUUCAGUUUGUUUAUAUAGUGGAUUAUGUUGAUGGUUUUCCAUAUAUUAAACCAUCCCUGCAUGCCUGGGAUGAAGCCUUCUUGAUCAUGAUUCAUGAUUAUUUUGAUGUGUUCUUGGAUUCGGUUUGUAAGAAUUUUAUUGAGUACUUUUGCGUCAAUAUUCAUAAGGGAAAUUGGUCUGAAGUUCACUUUGUGUGGUUUAGGUAUAAGAGUAAUUGUGGCUUCAUAGAAGGAAUUCAGUAGUGCUCCAUCGGUUUCAAUUUUGUGGAAUAGUUUGGAUUGUAUUGGUAUGAGGUCAUCUAUGUAGGUCUGAUAGAAUUCUGCACUGAACCCAUCUGGACCUGGGCUCUUUGUGGUUGGGAGACUUUUAAUGACUGCUUCUAUUUCUUUAGGAGUUAUGGGGUUGUUAAAAUGGUUUACCUGUUGCUGAUUUAACUUCAGUACCUGGUAUCUGUCUAGGAAAUUGUCCAUUUCCUUCAGAUUUUCCAGCUUUGUUGAAUAUAGGCUUUUGUAGUAGGAUCUGAUGAUUUUUUGAAUUUCCUCUGAUUCUGUUGUUAUGUCUCCCUUUUCAUUUCUGAUUUUGUUAAUCUCUGUGUCCCCUGGUUAGUCUGGCUAAGUGUUUAUCUAUCUUGUUGAUUUUCUCAAAGAACCAGCUUUUGGUUCUGUUGAUUUUUGUAUAGUCCUUUUUGUUUCUACUUGGUUGAUUUCAACUCUGAAUUUGAUUAUUUCCUGCCUUCUACCCCUCCUGGGUGUAUUUGCUUCUUUUUUUUCUAAAACUUUUAGGUAUGCUGUUAAGCUACUGAUAUAUGCUCUCUCCUGUUUCUUUCUGCAGGCUCUCAGAGCUAUGAGUUUUCCUCUUAGCACAGCUUUCAUUAUGUCUCAUUUGUUUGGGUAUGUUGUACCUUCAUUUUCAUUAAAUUCUAAGAAGUCUUUAAUUUCUUUCUUUGUUUCUUCCUUGACCAGGUUAUCAUUGAGUAGAGCUUUGUUCAACUUCCAUGUAUAUGUUGGCGUUAUUUCCUUAUUGUUAUUGAAGAACAGCUUUAGUCCAAGGUGGUCUGAUAGGACACAUGGGAUUAUUUCUAUCUUUCUGUAUCUGUUGAGGCCUGUUUUGUGCCCGAAUAUAUGGUCAAAUUUGGAGAAAGUACCAUGAGGUGGUGAGAAGAAGGUAUAUCCUUUUGUUUUAGGAUAGAAUGUUCUAUAUAUAUAUCUGUUAAGACCAUUUGGUUCCUAACUUCUGUUAGUUUGUCUAUGUCUCUAUUUAAUUUCUGUUUCCAUGAUCUGUCCAUUGAUGAGAGUUGGGUGUUGAAAUCUCCUACUAUUAUUGUAUGAGGUGUAAUGUGUGCGUUGAGCUUUAUUAAGGUUUCUUUUGUGUAUAUAGGUGCCCUUGUAUUUGGAGCAUAGAUAUUUAGGAUUAAAAAUUCAUCAUGGUGGAUUUUUCCUUUGAUGAAUAUGAAGUGUCCUUCCUUAUCUUUUUUGAUGACUUUUGGUUGAAAAUCGAUUUUAUUCGAUAUUAGAAUGGCUACUCCAGCUUGCUUCUUCAGGCCAUUUGCUUAGAAAUUUGUUUUUCAGACUUUUACUUUGAGAUAGUGUCUGUCUUUGUCUCUGAGGUGUGCUUCCUGUAGGCAACAAAAUGCUGGGUCCUCAUUAUGUGUCCAGUUUGUUAAUCUGUGUCUUUUUAUUGGGGAAUUGAGUCCUUUGAUUUGAGAGAUAUUAAGGAAUAGUGAUAGUUGCUUCCUGUUAUCUUCUUAUUUGGAGGUGGGAUUAUGCUUUUGAGCUUCUCUUCUCUUUGCUUUGUUGCUAAAUGAUUAGUUUCUUGCUUUGUCUAGGGUUUAUCUUGUCUCCUUGUGUUGGGCUUUACCAUUUAUUAUCCUUUGUAGGACUGGAUUUGUAGAAAGAUACUGUAUUAAUUUGGUUUUGUCAUAGACUAUCUUGGCUUCUGCAUCUAUGUUAAUUGAGAGUUUUGCUGGAUACAGUAACCUGGGCUGGUAUUUGUGUUCUCUUAGGGUCUAUAUGACAUCUGCCUAGGAUCUUCUGACUUCCAUAGUCUCUGGUGAGAAGUCUGGUGUAUUUCUGAUAGGUCUGCCUUUAUAUGUUACUUGACCUUUUUCCCUUACUGCUUUUAAUAUUCUUUGUUUUGUGCAUUUGGUGUUUUGACUAUUAUGUGAUGGAAGGAGUUUCUUUUCUGGUCCAAUCUAUUUGGAGUUCUGUAGGCUUCUUGUAUGUUUAUGGGCAUCUCUUUCUUUAGGUUAGGGAAGUUUACUUCUAUAAUUUUGUUGAAGAUAUUUACUGGUCCUUUGAGUUGGGAGUCUUCACUCUCUCCUAUACCUAUUAUCCUUAAGUUUGAUCUUCUCAUUGUGUCCUGAUUUCCUGUAUGUUUUGGGCCAGUAGCUUUUUCUGUUUUACAUUAUCUUUGACCGUUGUGUUGAUGGUUUCUAUGGAAACUUCUCCUGAUAUUCUCUCUUCUAUCUCUUGUAUUCUGUUGGUGAUGCUUGUACUUCCGGCUCCUUGUCUCUCCCUUUGGUUUUCUUUAUUCAAGGUUGUCUACCUUUGUGCUUUCUUUAUUGUUUCUAUUUCCAUUUUCAAUUCCUUCACCUGUUUGUGUUUUCCUGUAAUUCUUUCAGGGAUUUUUGUGUUUCCUCUCUAAGGGCUUCUACUUGUUUACUUCUGUUUUCCUGCCUUUCUCUAAGGGAGUUCUUUAUGUCUUUCUUAAAGUCCUCCAUAAUCAUGAUCAAAUGUGAUUUAAAAUCUAGAUCUUGCUUUUCUUGUGUAUUUGGAUAUUCAGUGUUUGCUUUGGUGGGAGAAUUGGGCUCUGAUGAUGCCAUGUAGUCUUGAUUUCUGUUCCUUGGGUUUCUGUGCUUGCCUCUCGCCAUCAGGUUGUCUCUGGUGUUACCUUGUUCUGCUAUUUCUGACAGUGGCUAGAACAUCCUAUAGGCCUGUGUGUCAGGAGUGCUAUAGACUCGUUUUCCUGUUUUUUUUUUUUCAGCCAGUUAUGGGAACAGAGUGUUCUGCUUUCAGGCGUGUAGUCAUUCUUCUCCACUGGCUUUCAGCUGUUCCUGUGGGCAUGUGUCCUGAGUCCACCAGGCAGAUCACUUGGAGCAGACAGAUCCCCAGCUCAAGGGCAUAGUGACCAGGUUAUAUUGCAGGCAAGGUUACUACUUGCAGAUGCACCCCGAUGGAGCUCUCGAUGGAACUAAGGAUGACAGCACCAAUUCCACUCUGUUCAACCUCAUCCCAGUGGGACUGCGUGUUGUUGCCAUCCAGGGAGUGAAGACAGGGUUGUACAUAGCAAUGAAUGGAGAAGGUUACCUCUACCCAUCAGAACUUUUUACUCCUGAAUGCAAGUUUAAAGAGUCUGUUUUUGAAAACUAUUAUGUAAUCUACUCAUCCAUGCUGUACAGGCAACAGGAGUCUGGCAGAGCCUGGUUUUUGGGAUUAAAUAAGGAAGGGCAAGUUAUGAAAGGAAACAGAGUAAAGAAAACCAAACCAGCAGCUCAUUUUCUACCCAAGCCAUUGGAAGUUGCCAUGUACCGAGAACCAUCUUUGCAUGAUGUUGGUGAAACAGUCCCGAAAGCUGGGGUGACACCAAGCAAAAGUACAAGUGCAUCUGCAAUAAUGAAUGGAGGCAAACCAGUCAACAAGUGCAAGACCACAUAGCCAGAUCCUCAGGUGUCCUGACUGACUUAUCCCGAGCACAGUGGAGUGAUUUAUCCUUACUAGACAUUCCUGCUCCUGUGGCGGAAAAGCCCCAGCAAGCAAGCUGACGCUUGUCCUAUGCUCUCUCAGACCUCCUUCGUUGCAAGUGGAUAAAUCUCAACCUGUGGCCCCCCUACACCAAGAAGACACCUGGACAAACCAGCUAAACUCAGACCAUGGAAUGCCCUACCAGAUAUGGAAUGCCUUUUUAAUAUCUUUUCUGUGACUGUGACACUUCAUGUGAAUGACAUACUUCACAAGUACACUCAAUACCUUGCCUGCUGACAGCUACCCAUAAUCCUUUUUGAGUCCUGUUUCAGCGAAAUCCAUGUGUUUAAGUUCAAUUUUGUAGCACACAAAUAAUAUUGAGUAAUUUCUAGUUAGAUGCUGUAAACCUGUGCUAUCAUGGAUUUCUAUUCUUUCCAUUUUUACAGGGCUGCUCGCUCCACUGUCUGUGACCUUUAGCAGGGAUUGUGUUCCUCUGAUCUUCAGUGUUGCAGUUGGUUUGCUUAGAAGAACAAUUAGGGAAUCAGGAAGCCUUCUAAACCUAUUACUACAAAUAGUAUAUAUAAAGAUUAAGAUUGUUGUCUUUGGCUCACAUUAUUGAUCAAACACACAUAUACGCUCUGUCUAGUAGGAGAUGCUGUGCUCCCGAUGUAGGCAUUGCCUGGGUGGAACAAGGGUCAAACACAAUCCAUGGAAAGUAUCCUCUAUGAUAGGUGUUUGGCAUUCCCUCUUAGUUUCUUUAUGUGUGUGUGUUUUAUACAUAUCACAAGCUUACUGGUAAUGGUAACAUUUGCCUUGCCCAGCGAGCAAGACCCACUUAGUUUUUGAGAAAGUGGGUCCAAAGAAUUCUGUAGGCCUUGUAGGCCUGAUUAAGGUUCAUUUUAUUUUCAUCAAUUAAUCCUCAUUAUUGGGAAAAAAAUAAAAACCCAAAUCAUUACAACCUAUAAGAAAUAUGCUACCUAAAUCCAUUUCCGGCCCACUCCUUCCUGUUUUUAAUGAAGAUAACUCAGUGUCACACCUGAUUUGGGCUGCAUUCCAGUUAUCCUCAUCCUCAGCCAAGCAUGGGCAAGGUGGCUGUUGUGUUCUUUCCUGAAGCAGCAAUGCACACGUUAGUAUAAAUUAGACUUUAACAUUUUUGGUAUUUAAUGGCAAGUUUUAAAACUGGACAUAUUAGGAGUUUUGUUUGCGUUUUGGUUUUUGGGUUUUGGGGUUUUUUUUUUUUUGUUUUUUGUUUUGUUUUGGUUUGGUUUUGGUUUUGGUUUUAGCUCAGCAUGGGGCCUAGUAUCCUGGAUAUCAUCAGUAUACACCUCUAACUCAUCACUGUUGGGCCCAACAGGUUGGGUUAGAGAUGACUUGUCAAGGUUUCAGAAUAUGGUUUGUUGAGUACCCUAAAUAAAACUAAAGACAACCUAACAUACUCCAGCCUUAGGGGUUUGGACCAUUUGAUUUAUUUAAUUUUCUUUUAUUGCUUUAAUUUCAUUUUGAAUUGAAUUCUGUAGAGCUCCAAGUUUAGGGAUACUUAGAAAGGCUGUGAAAUGCUGGAGAUACACCUUGAAGAUUUCAUGCAAAAUGUUUAAUAUCAGAUACAAAAAAAAGCUUCAAAAUGUUUAGUACUAAACUGUUUGGAAAAAUAUUUGUUAACUGUAUGUAACUUAAUAAAAUUCUAUGUUUUCUUCUCAGAAGAGUUCAUUGAGACCAAACUGAACCUCUUUUAUAGAAAACAAUCGAUGUGGGAUCAAUGUACUGUCCUCUUGUUAUUAUUUCCAUGUGGCAGGAUGACCCACUUGCCACUGUUCCCCUUUGCACUGUACUUACUGGGAAAUCAUUUUCUCAUUGCUUUCAUGAAUCUCCAUGAAGUCAGCCUUUGCCCAGCAUAGAAAAAUUUUGGCCUGCUUAGCUAAUUAAAGAUUCAGUAUAAAUUUAAGUGUUUAUGCUCAUUUCAUUUCAUACUAGAUUCCAUUUCAAUAAAUAAACAUUAGCAAAAUCUUUGAGUAGAUUUAUUGUUAAUAAUGCUAAACUGCAAAUACAACAAAAUGACCCCUUUGACCAUUCCUCAUUUGCUGUUAUGCAUAAUUAGAUAAAACUCAUUAUGGAAGACAUACAUUCAUAGUAUGUGGUAAAAUGAAUAGCUUGUAAUUCCUAUUAGUUGGGCUUAUAGACAUAGCUUAUACCCCUCUGUAUGCAUACACAUCCCAAGCCAGCCUACCUUUCUGUUUUUGAUAAUCAACACUACUUGAGAUUUCUGUUCUCAAGACCUAUUUAGUGGUUACAAUUGAGGCAAGAUUUAUUUUUGUAAAUGAUUAAGAUUUAUGUUAAUGUUUCUUUCUGUUUCCUUUCCCAAGAGUUGUCUAUAAGAGCAUUUAUUAGUGUAAGUAGGUAUUCGAGUGGUUUAUUCUAAUAUAUGAUUAGACACAUUGCAAUGGGGUUCUUGUUAUCUUUGAUUUAGUUAGACCAUUUCCUUUGUGUCUGGUCUCACCUGUUGCAUGGGAAGAGGAAAGCACCAAAUGAUCUGCAUGUACUAGGACUCAUGUAUCCAGAAGUACUGGUAUGUAUUAUUCAAUUUAUAACAGAGGGAUUGUCUGUAUUGUACAAUUUGUGUUUCUUAUCAUUUGUUAUGUUCAUAGCUAUGACAUAUCAAAUCAAAUACUUAUAUGAAGGCAUAUGGAAAGCAUAAAAUAAUUUUGUGUAACAAAAUAGCAUUGUAUCGCCCCAUAUAUAGAGAACUCUCAUGUAAAUAAGUUGAUAAACUCAAGUUCCCCCUUUACCAUGCCAAAGAAAAUUUUAGCUCCUUUAUGAUACCUCUCUUGCUAAUUUUCUGGAACAAGGUCAACAAUCCUUCCCUCAGAAAUUAAGUUUGCUAUCAUUAAAUGCAAUCUGUCAUCACUGAUGUUCUGAAUAGUAAAUCUGAUGGAACACAUUUGUAUUUAUAGACUGUGUGUUUUAUACUUUCCUGUAUGUAUGUUCAUUGUACCAAGUCUAUAGAUGACCCAUUCCUUCUGCAUGCAUAUCUGGUGGGGGAGGGUUAGUUUGAUCACUUUCUUAUGAUACCUAAUUGCUUUGCUUAUCCAUCGACAGUGCUCAAUGUCUGUCCUUUGCAUAAUUCAAGUAACAACAUUUUUUUUCAAAUAAGUUUAGUUCCUGAAAUUUCUUACUACAUUCUUGAAAAUCAUUAUGAUGAUUUGUCCUAUGUGAAGAGUAAAGGGAAUUGAGCACUUUUCUUAUUAUUCUGGAGAAUUUGGAGUCUUGCUUUAAGUGUUUGCUUGUUCUGGGUGCUUUGGGUGAGGAAUAGAUCCACAAUGGACACCACGACGUUUUCUCUAGUGUUUCUAGUUAUUGGUUUUUUAGAAAGUAAGCAAAAUAUAUCACACCUAACCAUCUAGUUAAUGAUUCAACUACUAAACCAUCUCUUUUUUCUCUCUCUAGAAUGACCAAUAUCAGAUUUGGUUCUUUAAGCAAAAACUAAAACAACAACCACCACAAACCCUUUGUUGUUUCUUAAAGUGAAUAUGUAUUACCUUGUUAAAAUUUUUUUCCAAAUAUUACAUGUAUAAUAUGUGUUUGAUAUUUGUCAGUGAAGGAUUAUUAGACUAAACUGACCAAGGUUAAAAUUAGAAAAAAUAGAAAAUAGUGGGAAAUGAUUUUCAAUUUUAUUUUAGGAAAAAACCCUAUAUUUUAGGGCAACAAUUAGGCCAAAUGUCUAAAUAUUUUCUAAAGCACAGGCCUAGUGAAAUCCAGAAUGUAAAUUGUGUUAUUCUGAAUUAAGAGACAUACAUAGUUUAAGAGUUUUAUACAGUGACACAUAAGACUGGGUGAGUGUCUAGAAUACUGAGUAGCUUUCAGAAAAUUUGUGACAGUUGAGCUUACAAAUUUUAAGACUACACUGUAUUUUUUUUCUUUUUUUCUAGGUUCUCAUUUAGUUUAAUUCUGAUAUUUACUGGAGAGCUGAUAGACAUAAUUCAUUUCUCCCCUGGUGCUGCUAGAAUCCAGAUGAACUCAGGAUUCCCGAAAGUCAGUAGGAACAAUGGUUCUCUUCCAAAAUUUAGAUUUUUGUUGACUUUUACAAGUCCUCUGGAGGAAUUCUUCAGCUAUAGUUUGCUAAAUAAGCAGGAUGAAGAUCAUCAAAAUUGAUGAACUUAAUGUCUCCCUUUCAAUUAUCACGUAUCCCAGUGUAGUUUUUGAAAACUACAAGCAAGCCAAAGAGAUUUGUUUAUUUUCUUCUACUCUUUACAAAUUUGUCAUUGCUUAACAUUCUCAAAAGGUAACUUCUGUCUUGGAGUCAAAGUAUAGAAACAGAUUUAUAUAGGAGAUAGGUUAUAUUUUUGCCUAUCACCAUGUUUUUGGUUUGGGUUUGUUUUCUUCUUCUUCUUCUUCUUCUUCUUCUUCUUCUUCUUCUUCUUCUUCUUCUUCUUCUUCUAUAAAAGUGUGUGAAAUCUACUUCUUUAUAGAUAUACUGAUGUUGUCAUGGCUAGGGUCACAUACAGAUAGAAAGACAGACAGACACAGAUUAUAGCAAAUAAAAUUAAUCUUUUUUUUAAAAGUCAGUUUUCCAAGAAAAAGAACUGAAUAGAGUUUAGGUUACUGUGAGGCAUAUUCUACAGCUUUCUUCCAUAGUCUGUAACACCAUGCACCCCAGAACAUGGUGACCUACAACAUAUUUUCAUGUUGUCCAAUAUUCAGGACAUAGUACAUUUUGAUCUUCAUGGAAAAUCAUUUCUCCAAUGUCUAAACUCUAUUCUGAGAACACUUAAAUGGUAAAGAUACUUCAACACUUUUUCUUAUGAAAAUAUAAGAAAAGUAACACAUACUUUUAGAAUAGAUUCCACUUAUAGAAAAGAUAAAAACUAGAGAGGGCAUUAUAAUAAUAAUAAAAAGGACACACUUAAUGAAAGGGACCAUAAGGAACUGAAACUAAUUCCAGGGAAGCACAUUCGGGCAAACCACUACACAUGGCUGUGAUUAAAGUCAGUCUCUUUGUGUGUGGCCUGAGAGUUCAGGAUAGAUUCUAUUUAUUUGUUACAGUUUUAAAAUAUUAGUCAAUUAAAAGAGACAAUCUCUCAGUGGUUUCUCUAAUAGGAAUUGUCCAGAUCUUUAUAGAAGGCUGAGUCCUAUAGUAAGAAAAGAUAAAAGCCAUUGUAGCAUGAUGGAAAUGUCAGUGACUCUUACUGUUUGGAAGUCACCAAACACCUCAUCAGAAAUGGGAUUGGAUUAUUAUGAUUGCUUUUUCUGGUUUAAAAUGUAUUUGGAGAGAUAGAAAAUAUAUAUAGAAAAAUAAUGCAAUCAUCCACAUUAUACCGUAACUCCUUAUAUUUCCCUCAUUUUACAAAACUGACAUUGAUUACCAGCUCAGUAAUAGAUAUAAAACCAGUAUGGCUGGGUCCCCUAAUCUCAGGAUAGAGGCAACAAUUUUAUAAAUACGUUAAAUUCCGAGAACCUUAUUAUUAUUAUAAAACCAGCACCAGUAUAAAUGACCUUCAAAUACUUCUCAGUAUUUAGUUUUUAAGUAACACAGUGGAGGUGUGUUUUCUUUACAUUUGGAGACUUGACUGAUAAAGUCCAAGCCAUGAUUCUAAAAUAUUUGCAUUAUUAAUAUAAAAUUUGCAAGUAAAAAUUUCAUCUUAAAACGGAAAUGAUUUUGCUAUGUUAUUUUGGAUUUUACGAAUAAUUCACAUUUAGGGAAAAGGUAUUUUUUUAGCUCUAAAUAAUGGUUGAUUCAACUAUGUGUAUAAGUAGAAAAAACUGUAAAUAUGCAAGAGAACCCCGAAUAUUGUACAUUUUCAUAAUUCAAUGUGAAUUUCAUACAGAGCAAAAUUUCACCAAAAAAAUAAACAUUUUGUUUGUAUCAUUGAGUGAAUAUUUGUAAUUUUGAUUUAAACCAUUUCUAGAAUUUUGGGGUCCACUCCUGAACUUGUAAAAUUGAUGUCAUCCUUGUUGACUCCACCAUUUCUUUGAAGAGAAGAGAGCCAUUUAAGGGCAAUGAAUGCAAUAUGAAGAUCCUCGUGUUUCUAACUAGACACUGUCUUCUUCAGAGGAUAAAUUACAUGAAAUAAUUUAAAUAAGAAAAAUCUGAUUUCCUGUAUAUGUAACCCAUGCCUAGUCUUAAAAGCAAAAUCUGCUAGUUCUUGGGAUCUUAAGUGGUUAUUCCAAUUCAUUCUUUUCUAGCGUGUUUGUUUUCCAUGAGUAAAUAGAUAUUGACGCAGAAUAUAAACAACUUAUGUCAUUAUUUAUUAAAAUGUCAAAUUGUGCAUUUUUCAUUUCUUCCUGUAAGAGAUUCUUGUGAGUUUAAAGCCCUUGUGAUCUGGUAAGCCCCCAGCCUACAUCAUUACACCUCAUAUGUGUCUGUCAUUAUCAUUCCAUAUACAAUUUCAGAGUCAUAUGGAAUCCUGGAAAAAUCUGACUGGUUGGUUUAUGUGAGAAUAAAUAUUAUCCUUAUAUUCUGAUACAGUGUUUCUGGUUUUGGGAUGUGGAGUACAAAAUACCAUGAGACUUAGCAUUUUUCUACUACAUCUUGUUAAACAUUGGAUGUCAGAAAAUACUUUGUUGUAAGGGCCUUUCUAUGUUCUGUAGGGUGUUCAGCAUUGUCUGUGGUCACUACCUCUAAUAUUCCCAUAACACAAAUACUCCUACCUACCAAGUCUGACAACCAAAUUCUCUGUAGACACCACCAAUUGUCUUGUGCGUUACAAAAUUGUCCUCUUCAGUUGUGAAACACUGAUAUUAGUCAUGGGAGAACAAUUCUUUAUGGUGUAACUUACAUCAGUUUGCUAAAUUCAUUUCUAAUGAAGACCCAUGCUUCACUUGGGCAGUCAGAAAUAGAAAAAUACACAAAAGUCUGUCCUAGUGCUGUGUAACAUGCUUUCCUCUGAAUUUCUAAAAUGGCCUAGAAAUAAGAAUCCAGUUGUCUCCCUUGGCAUCAUUAAGGAUAUUCGGUACCAAGCCAGAUUUCACAUGCAUUUCCAUUCCAUCCAUCCCAGCAUUCACAGUUUCCACAGCUACAGAUUCCAUUCCCUGCAAUAAAGUAAACACAGAAAUCAUGAUUAUGAUCAGAAUAUACAAUUAGAAUAUAUAACUGUGAACCAUAGCUGUUCAUAAGAAAACCAUUUAUCCUCUCUAAAGCAUCUUACCAUACAACAAUAUUAUUAUAUUAUUAGACAUCUGAGAGAAAUCCAUCUUUAAGAUACUUAAUGACAUCUCUUUGAUCCCAUAAUAUAUUAAUUGAACAGUACCCAACUUUCAUCACCCAGCUGGGCUCCCAUAUCAUAAUUCUAUCUUCUGUUAGUAGGCAAACCAUAUAUGACUUACAAAUAAACACUGAAAAGCAUAAAACCCCUUGAUAUGAAAUUAGGCAGGCCUGAGAGCUAGAAAAAUCCUUGUCUAGCAAGGUGCAGAGAAAGUGAUUAUUUAAUUUAAUGUUAUGACAAAACAAUCAUCUUUAACUAAACUGAAAAUGUUUGAUUACAAAAAUAUUUUGUGUUACUGCAAAUUUUAUCAGUGGUAUAUUGAAUCAGCUAGAAGUCUAAUAAAUGGGCUUAUACUUUUAUAAAUAAAAUAAGAACUUCAGGAGAAGAUAUACAUAAUAAUUUAACUUGGUUCAAUAUUAUUUAUAGCCAACUAUUAGAACUCAAUAAAUUAGGUUUGUAAUGACCAUUACACAGUUAAAUAUUUAGUAUACUCUGUUGAUAUCUCUCAUACUAUACACACAUUCAUACAUAUGUCCAGUUUCCCAAAACAUCUAAUUCACCAACUUGUGGCAUGCAAGUGCUGCUUUAAAUAAUACCCCAUCUGGACCAUAUUAAGAUGAAAUGGUUGUCAAGAGAAUUCUUUUUUCAUAUAACUGUCUUUGUGUGAGUUUAUAGAACAGGUUAUCUUGUAGAAAUAUUCCAACACUCAUGUAAUCUGGCUUCAUAUCUUUGCAUUCUUCUAGGGAAAAUGUUGGUGUGUAUUCACAGAUGUUCACUUUUCCUUUCAGAAUUACUACACAUGGGCAUUGUUCAUUUGAGUGUGUGGGAGCUGCCCUCUCUGCCCUAUCUAAAGCUGUGUGUUGUGGGUGUCAUUUCACUCAAUUGUCAUUUGUGGCCCAAAACAAUUAGUGUAGUUCAAUACUGCACCUGUGCAAAUGAGACCGUCGUGUUUGUCACAGUCUCUGUCAUCACAGUCACAAAACUCCCCUGAAAUAUACCACUCUUCUCCAGAACAAAUGCACUUUCCACAAUGACAAGAACCUGAAAUCACAAAGGGUGUUAUUCACUGUCACCAGAGAAAUAAAGGCUUCCAUCAAGAAGAAAGUAUCAUUGACAUGCUGACAAUAGACUUGUAAUAACCUAUCUUCUAAAGGAAAAAAGUUUAUUGAAUAGCUGCUUCUCAGAGGGGAGCUUUACUUACUGUAAUACAUAAAGGUCAUCCAGGAAAGCCUUCAUUAUAGAUCUAGACAGUUGCAAUUAGCCUUGAGCAAAUGUUCCUCGGUCCAGUCUGGUUGAAAUGUCAAUGAAACAGGAUGUGGCUCAUCCUUAGAGAUGCUCUCUUCAAAAGUACUCAAAAUAGAUGUUUUAUUUGUUUCUUUCCUUUUCAAUUGAAUUGCAUUUUAAGGUCCCUAUUCUCUAAAGGAACAUACUACUAAAUUAUAUCAAAUAAAGAUUCAUUUUAUAAUUAAAUAAUUACUAAAUUAUUGAGCUCAUCAUUUUAGAGUUUUAUUUAAAUGCUUUUCUUGAAAUAGGAACACACAAACUUCAAACUGAGUUGCAGGUUGAAGUGCUAAAAAUGCAGACUUAAUCCCUUAUGUCUGAUUGCUGUCUCAGUCUUGCCCUUUAGGAUUAGCUAUAAUCAACAUGAGUUCUAGAAAAUCCUGAAGAGGGUCUAGUAAUUUUCCCACCCCUUACAAACUUCCUUUGUGGUUACCCUCCAAUUUAUUUAAAAAACUAUUUAGUAAUUAAAAUAUUUUGUGGUAACUGAGACUCUUACUAAUGGCACACUUAAAAUAAAAAAAUAGUUUUUAUCAUGUCUCUUGAUGUAAAUGCCUUUCAAGACAGGCUUGAAAAAUCACCUGGAUAAGCUAGUUUUGCUACAGAACAAAUACAGAAUUCAAAAGAAAUCUUGCAUUUCUUUCUUUGGCUUUUUUGUUGGACACAAUUUUCUUUUACUACAAGAUGCUGGUAGUUAUUGCUAAGCUACUCAAGUAACCAAUCACCUUGAGAAAAUAUGAAAUAAUAAACUUUUUAAUGCAGUUAGAAAAACUCCAAACUCAUUAAACUUUAAAUACAUACAGUAGAGUCAGGGAUAAAUUCUGAGUACUUCUGGUGAUUGACAAAUGAUCAACGACUUGUGUGAAUAUAGCAGAAGUCCUCAGUUUUGGGUAAUGGAAGGCUAUGAUACUGUCACGUAUAUCAUGAAAGAAUUCAAGAUAAAGUGUCUUAAGCAUUUGUAAGCUCAUGCCAUGGAAACAGGUACAUUUAUUUUAGGUAAAAGAAUCUCCCACAACAAAAUUUCACUUUUGUCAUUUCUCAUCACAUAUCCCAAGGCAAGCAAGUAGUCAGAACCAGUUAAGAGAUAACAACUGCAUUAUAUUUGUUUUACUUAAUUGUUAAGUGCAGCACACAUUCAAUUAAUCUUGUUUUACUGAUAGCCUGUACUUUCAGGCUCUUUAGGGCAAUAUAUGGAGACUUUUCAGUUUUGAGAUGUAAUUGACAACCUAGUAGUUACUCAGGCCCUUACUGUUGGUCUAGUGAGAAAGAGAUAAAAAGUGCUUUGCAUCCUCAUCAACACAGAGUGUAUCCUCAUUUUAGAAUUUACUUUUUCCUAAAUUUAAAUAUCUUCUUUAAAAUUUCCAGGCACAGAAAUAUUAUCAAUCGAUUACUUGUUUAACAAAUGGUUUAUGAAACACCUACAUGGGAACUUAAUUGUCUAUCAUAGAGAUAUUCCCCAAAGAACAUCACAUUUGUGACUGAUUUCCAUCAGUGAAGGAUUAACUAUUUGAAGAAUUAAGUGUUUUUAUUUGUUUCUAACAUAGUAUAUCUUAAAUCAUGAAGUUACUUCUACAAUAGAAAUAAAUGAUUUUAUAUACUAAUGAUAUUAAUAUAUCAUAUCUCGGAUGCUUUUUUAUGUUUAUCAUAAUUCUUAUAAAGAGUUUACACUUCAUCUUUGAACUUAUCUCUUGCCUAGAAGUGAUUCUUAUUAGUUCUUUUGUUUCUGGACUACUCAGCUGCAAAGAAUAAAGUAUUUUCCUGAAAUUAGUUAAAGUUAAUUUGGUUUAUGUGGACUGAGUAUUUGACACUUUGGAGUUCUAGCUCCAAAUAUAGUAGAUGUCAUGAAACAGUUAGAAUGGAAGUGAGAUUUGAUUUGGGUAUGUCAUGGAAGCAAUCUUCAUGGUCACCAUAAUAGUGGGUGUGUUGUUUUUCUGUUUGUUGAUGGUAAAUAGGAAAAUUUUCUUCUUCCUACACAAAUAGGAACAGUAUACCAUGUAGUACUAACACAGUGUAUGUAGUCAUUCGGACCUAUCAUAGACCUUUAUUAUAGAGAGCUCUGGCUGUUCUUACAAAAACAGGGGUGGAUUAUCCCUCUCUAGAAAAGGGAAAAUCAUGAAGAGACAGUUCUGUCUAACAAAUGUAAGCUUCCUGAACACUAGAAAUGAGCAACUAUUCAACUCAGCAGACUCACACCCAUUCCCAUGGGGGACCAGCCCAGCCAUAGGCUGCAGUUGGCCCAUCCUGUCAGAACCCUAGAGUGUUAACACCUGGAAAAACAACGUCACUAAUCCAUUUGUUUUCAUUCUCCAAAAGGACCUUUAACAAUAUCUCUGUUUCUCUGGCUUUUAUUAUUGGGCAAUUCUUUUUUUCAUCUAUUUGAAGAACAUUCCAAAGAUCUAAGGAGGAGGAAACAAACAAAAACUUUCCUUGAAGAUGACAAUGGAAUAGCAGAGAGGAUGGGAGAAUUGCCUCAGACCACUUUCCAAAAACAGCUAACAGACUAUCUUAAUCUGACUUCAUUCAUCACCUAUUCACCUAUAUAUCUGUGAUGACUGUCACAGCAAAAACACGAAUAUAGUUUUAUAAAUGAGAAAUUCUUGCCUACAGAUUUGGCUAACAGCUGUCUGGGAAUGGCAAUUAGAAUACUAGGUUAAGGUUGGUCUUGAAAAGUAUAACAUUUUCCCAUUCUCUUUUCUGAACAGACAAAAAGGAGGUAGCUGAGAAACAGAUGAAUGAAAGAGGGUACCAUAAAUUUACUAAUGACAUGGAUGCAGCAAUAUUAACGUGACAGUUUAAAGAUACAUUUAAAGAUAUGUUCCAUAAUUCUAUCUCUAAAAAUACGAAGUGACUAGUUGGAUCUAGGGUAACGUUGUUAAGAUGAACACAUUAUUGUGUCACCACGGAGCUAAAUAAACAAAUAAAUAAAUAAAUCCCUAAGUCAACAAAUAAACAUAAAUCAAUAUAAGUUUCACCAUAUAUUCUGCAAUGGUAGCUAAACUUAGGGGCAACAUGGCCACUAAGCAUAUCUCUCUUGGUCAUUUACAAAAACAAUUUCUGUCUGGGGUUAAAGCCCCCAUUCCAUUACUGACUUUAUUCUUCAUACAUCAAGCCUGACAAAAUGCUGCAACCUGACACCCCAGCAGGCAGUUUUCACUAUUGUACUAAUGACACCAUCUGUUAUGAAGGUCACAACAAUGUAUCUUGUUUUAAAUUUUUCUAUGGAGUGAUUUAUUGUCUUGGCUAUAAAUUUGUAAGAAAUAAAAUGCUAUUUCCUCAUCGUC